ACAAAAGAAAAAUCGUGUUCUUCUUCUUCUUCACUUUACCAAAUCGAAUCGAUCUUAAAAUUUGUAUUGUCUUCUUCUUCCUGAUACCUUCGAAUCGCAUCUCUGAUAAAAAAAAAAGAAAAAGUCUUAUCCUAUCUUUCUUGAAAAGUUGCAUCAAAUGAAUCAGAAUAUUAAAGAACUAUCGAUGGAUUCCUUACCAGUGGGAUUAAGAUUCCGUCCAACAGACGAGGAGCUAGUCCGUUACUAUCUCCGCAGGAAAAUCAACGGCCACGAUGACGACGUCAAAGCCAUCCGAGAGAUCGAUAUCUGCAAAUGCGAACCUUGGGAUCUACCUGAUUUUUCUGCGAUCAAAACAAAAGACUCAGAAUGGCUCUUCUUCUGUCCAUUGGACCGAAAGUACCCUAACGGAAGUAGACAGAACCGGUCAACGAUCGCAGGCCACUGGAAGGCGACAGGAAAAGACAGGAAGAUCAAAUCCGGCAAGAACAACGUUAUCGGUCUGAAGAGAACUCUUGUUUUUCACUCUGGUCGUGCUCCUAAGGGGACACGAACGAACUGGAUUAUGCACGAGUAUCGCGCCACUGAGCAGGACCUAAGUGGCACCGAUCCUGGGCAGAGUCCGUUUGUUAUAUGCAAAUUGUUCAAGAAACAAGACCCGAGUUUAGUGGAUGAAGCUGUCUCACCUCCAACAUCUUCCCCGAAUGAGACUAAUUCUGAAGUAUCAAUGUUUGCUAAAGCAGAAGGAGGCGUGAAGGCUGAGUCGUCUCUUGUAAACUCGGGUGAUACUCAUAAUGGUGCUUGCAAUGAGGCUACAACCUCCAAGCUUGGAGAUUUUGAUUGGCUGUCUUUUCCUGAGCUGGAGUCCCUGAGUGACAUGAUGUUCUCUCCUUUACACUGUCAAGUCCAAUCCGAGCUUGGUUCCUCUUUCAAUGCAUUUCAGCCUAGCUCGAGUGACUUCUUAGGGAACCAUAACAACAGCUUCCAGAUUCAGACUCAGUACGGUACAAACGAAGCAGAUACAGACAUAUCCGGCUUUCUCAAUUCGGUUCUUGAUUUCCAAGACGAUUUAGAGGAUCAAAACUUUGUUUUUCCGCUUGAGUUCGACGGUGCAGUGCCAGAUCAGAUUGCACCAGCGUAUCAGCAACAGAGCUCGGCAGGUAAUACGAGCGAUGAUGUUUCAACAACAGGUAUCAAGUUACAGGCUCGGCGGGAACAACCCUCAGGUUGUGCCACUGACUAUAUCAUCCAUGGAAAUGCCUCAAGAAGAUUGCGUCUGCAAACUGUCAAGAGAGUGGUUGAGGAUAGGGACGUGGAAACUAUGAAGAAGGGGAAGCUAAUGAGAUCUAAGAACAGAACUGAAUUCUUGUUUAAGAAGAUUAUGUCCGUGAGAUAUUCAUACGGAGGACUGUUUAGGGCCGCCGUUGUUGCGGUUCUGUUCUUGAUAUCAGUGUGCAGUCUAACCACAGACUUCAGAGCUUCCGUGAUGAUCUGAAAACUGAAAACCUUGCUGUGUAUAUACUAUAAAGUGUUUCUAUUUGUUUUUGCAUGUGGUUUUGUUGUUGGUUUCAGUUUCACCUUAUCCAGGUCCAGUUUAGGAGGGUAUAUAGUGUAUAUUGUUAUGUUUACUUCUUCGACUUGUAUCAGAAGUGAUCUUAUAUGGUUAAAGCCUUUUUUUUUUGCUUUUUAAUACGUCUUCUUCAUUCUGACAUGUGUCUGGAAUUUCACAGAUACUUAAAACUUUAUUAUAUAACUAGUUUGGAUGUGUUCUUCUGAAACUCUAUAUUUUGAUGCGGGAAACAAGC